AAUCUCUUAAAUCCAAAAAUAAAAUAUUAAAGUAUUAAAAAAUGCAUUUCAAGCAAUCCUAUGUUAUUAUCUAUAAACGAUGAGUGGCUGAAGAUUUGAGACGGCAUUGCGUUUGCGCUCACUGUCACUUGUUGGACACUCCGUCACAUCGGGCACUUCUCUAAGCAGGAAUUUGUCAAGUAAAGGAGUAAAUCAAACUCUCAGAUGUGACCGAACUAAGCCUUAAAGCAAUCUAUGCCCGGUCAUUAAGAAAAACAGAACAGACACAAGGCUUUAAUGGAAAAAAACACUGCCGUUUCCAACAACUGUAAUUAUACAGUUCAUAUAUCAAAUUAUACCGAAUGGGAAGAAGAGAAAAUUGAAGAUCCUCAUUUAUUGUACAUAAUAUUUACGCCAAUACUUAUACUUCUCUGUAUGUUCACAAUCAUUUUUAAUAUAAUUUUGCUAUUGUCUACAAUAUGGAUCAAAAGACCUCUUUCGCCCACGCUUUAUAUAAGCAUAAGUUUAGCAGGCACAGAUCUCUAUACUUCAUUUCUACUUGGCCUAAGUUUCACGGUGAACAGCUUGUUACCAGAAGGUUUUCAAAUAAACUUGAUGACCAAUUGUAUGAGUCUAGUACUUGAAGCCUUAAGGUUGGGAGCCAUAGUGACCACUGCCGGUCACUUAUUAUUUUUGGCUUUUAAUCAUUACAUCGGUAUAUUGCGUCCACUACAUUAUUCAGCUACGGUCACACACGGAAUGGUGACUAUAUUCAUAUUCUUUCUAUGGACAUUACCUCCCUCCUUUUUAUUAGCUUACUUUAACAUGAUUCCUUGUCAAGCUUUCCAGACACCGCAAUGUGCAUACGGGUUUUUGUUGGAGUCUAAAUUCAGAAGUGCGUUCACGGUGGUACUGUUUGGCGCAUUGCUGACAAUGGGAAUAAUUUACUAUCACAUAUUGAUAAUUGUCAAAAAACAUCAAGCAACUCGUUUACAAUAUAAACGCAGCGUGCAUUACAACAGAUCAAGCAAAGUAAAUUGCAGCGAUCAGUCUGAAUCGCAACAGAGCAAAAAUGAGAAAGCCGUUUACACAACAUUGAUGAUUGUCGGUAGCGUAGUAGUCGGAUGGAUGCCAGCUUGUAUACAAUAUUAUUUGAUUUGCAACGAUUGUGUCAUUCAGCCAAACUGGGCUAGUUUGAGAGUCAGAUUUUACACAUACUUUGCGACUAACUGUUUGGUCAUUCUAAAAUCAGCUAUAAAUUCCUAUAUUUACGCAGCUAGAAUGAAAGAUAUCCAGGUAGCAAUGCAUAAAAUGUAUUUCUAUAUAAAUCAAAAAAUAUGUGGUGAAAGUAAUGAAAUGGAUAAUAGUAUUGAGUUUGACGAAUUCAAGUAUAGUAGAUCGUCAGCAAAAAGUAGAAAAACAGUAAUUUGUAGGAUGUCCAUUCGUCGAAACGAUUGCAGUGAACAAGAUCAACAGAGAGUCAAUGAAAAUAAUAUAGAUAACGAAGUAGUCUUUAAAAACAAGAACACAUUCCCUAUGCAUCAUGAACAAUUUGAUAAAGUGACACACUUGUAGGCCGAAAAGUCAUGCCUACGUAAAACAACAGAAAAUCACCCGGGAAAAUUAUUAUUAUUAAAAUAGAAAUAAAUCUCAGCUCACUCCCGUUAUUAGACAAAAAGAUUUGAUUUAAGUCUCUGAUUUUAUGAUACAAUUUUCAGAAAUUUAAAACUGGUCGAAAUCUAUUUUUUUGAAAAAUAACUUUAAAAACCUCUAUUUUUAGGGCAAAAAUUAGUGAAAAAAAUUUCAAAAAAAUAAAAGUUAUAUUAGACCAAAAGAAGUUAGAGAAAAAAAUUUGAGGAGGUCAGGCCGAUGACCGAGUGGUUUGACUCAGAAUGCCCCAUAUAUAUUUUAUAUAUAUAAAAUACGCGGGCGACGUGGCCGAGAGGGUUAUUGCGACAGUGUUUCUACGCACUAGACGUUGUUCGAAUCUCGGUCGCUGGCCAUUUCUCUAGCUGGGCGGGCAACCGUCUGGAAGGAGAAAUGGCCACCCGACUGGUGUGAAAGGCAACGGGAAACCACUGUACCAUAACCACUUCCCCAGGAUGGCAACUCUUGUCGCUAGUAGAGCAAGAGUUGUUCAACCAACCUAUCAGGUUAUGGGAAGUAUAAAUAAAUAUUUAUUUUAUACAUCAUAAUUAUUGUUUUUCGCUAUUGUUUAACACCCAAAUGUAGUUUCUAAUAAACAACUCAACUUACAUUUUACUAUUGUUAUUCAAUUGUAGGUACUAUUUGAUUAA